CCCAUCCCCCGCGGCCCCCUCCCUCUCCCGGCCCCCCCGGAAUCAUUUAGAGUCACACCUUUCCUUGACCAAAACUCCCUUCCUCCCGAGCAUGAACGCAGACCUCAAGAGGGUGCGCGACAGCUCUCUCGACGCUCCCUCCUCCUCCUCAAAACGACGAGCAAUCGGCUCCGGCUCUAGUCCAGGUCACUCUCCUUCAUCUCCACAUCAACCAAAGGAUCACGAGAAUGAAGAAGACGAAGAUAUCGAGGACUGGAUGCGCGUCGUUGAGUCACAUCGCAAGGAAGCCCUCUUUCGCCAGAUGCUCGAAUACCGUCGCGCAUCUCAACGAGAAGCUGCCCGCGCAUCAGCACUCGAGUCCCAAAAGCGCAACCUCCAGGCCUGCUUUCGCUCUGUAGAGGCCUGCUGGGCACAGCUCGUAUCCUCAGUGCGAGAUCGCGCAGGGAACCUCCCAGGACUAGAUGGGUCCUUGAUAGACAGCUCCAUCGACACAACCUUGGAUCAAGAGCAGGUCGACAAAGUGGUCCAGUCACGGUUGGAAGCGACUCUUCGUCUUGUGGCAGGUUUCGCAGAUGCAGCCGCGGGCAAGCAUUCGUCCGACUUUGGUGGAGAUCUGCGACAGCGGGCAGACACGUUGCAACUGGAAUCGAGCAAGCUCCGAGCAGACUUGUCUCAAGCGAGGUCACAGUUGGAAGACGUUCGAGAGUCGCGAGACACACACUUGCGAGACUUGCAAAGAGCCGAGAAACGUUUGGACAAGCUCAAGAUGGACAUGGACAAGGAACGCCUCGCAUGGAACGCUCAGCGCGAGUCAUCUUCCGCAGCUGCCCCCGCCAAGCCUAUUGCCAAUGGCUCGGGACAUUCUACACCCAACGCUCGCGCAUCAGAGGUACCAGAAGCGAAGCCUCUACCUGUCGGGGGCGUGGCCACUUCCGAUGAGACCGAACAGCGAUGCGCCGAGCUGGAGUUGCUUGCCAAGUCUCGCCUGCAACAACUCGAGGCCUUGAGGGCAGAGCAUACAUCCCUGACUCAACAGGUGGACAAGUUACGACUUCAGGCACAUAACCCCUCUGAGGAGGCUUUGCGCCAAUCACCCUUCUUCCAAGUCUACUUGCAACGAUUGGCAUCCUCGGCUGCUGGUGCAGAGGCAUUGCAACAACGGUUCGAGCAGGCUGAGCAAAAGCUUGAUCUUUUGCGAGACAGCAAUCUCGAGUUCCGCGAAGCCGUUAUCGCCGAGGCGCGCACCGAGGUCGAUGCCCUGCGUGAGAAGCUUGGCCAGAAGGAUGUCGAUCUCGCUCGCUUGCGCGGGCAGCGCGAUGAACUCAACGCCGAGUUGACUGAGCGGAGAGUUCGCGACACGGACAAGAUGCGAUUUGCCGACGAGAUGGAGCAGCUGUGCGCAAAGCGCGAGGAGCGCAUCAGUUUCCUCUGCUCUGAGGUGCGAAGGCUGAAGAGCAAGCUCGCAGCCAAAGACGGCGCCGAGGGAUAUCUCGCCUUCCUCAAGGACGGCCCUGUUGACGGGGACUACGUCAAGGCUCUGGAAGAGCAGCUCCAAACCACUAGGGAUCAGGUGUCGAGUCUCACUGAACAGCUCAAAAACGCAUCGGAGGGCGAGGCGGCCGCCGCGGCGUCGGACACCGCUAUCCGUACGGAGCUCGAAUCUGCGCGUCGGCGCCUUGCCGAGUACGAGCGAAUCCUUGGCCCCAAUGCCUCGCCCGACGUCAAGGAAUUGGCCGAGAGGCUGGAACAGCAAGCUGAAGCACGCAAGAAGCUGGAGCUGGAGCUCGCUGAGGCCGAGGAGGCCACGAAUGCGCUGUACCAGGAGCUUGAGGGCGUCAACAAGCUGUGGGAGGAGCUCGACCAGACGCUCAAGACCAAGAUUUUUGAGCUCAAGGACAGCGAACUCCGCAUGCAGCGUCUCAGCACCGAGAAAGCAAAGGCGGACAACAAAUACUUCACGGCUAUGCGUAGCAAGGAAGGCGUCGAGGCGGAGCUCAGAGCUGCUCAACGCACCGUUGCCAAGCAGCUCAAGCUGAUCGAGAAGGCCAAAGAAGUGGAGAAGAACCACAGCACACAGAUUGCUCAGCAGGAGAAGACACUCACCUCGCUGAAGAACUCGCUGCUCGAUAUCACAACACAGCUGGCAACGGCGGCUUCAGAUAAGAAGCAACUCGAGCUGCGACUCCAGGCGAUCAACGCAACGCUUGCCGAGGCGCAGCAAAUCGCCCAAACACGUGUUGCCGAGGCGGCGGCGGACAAGGGUAUGCGUGCUAAGGCUGUGGAUGAGCUGCAGCAAGUGAAAUCGAGCCUUCAGAAGCUCAAGGAGGUGCACGAGCAACUCACUUCCACCGCCAACGCACAGGGCGGGUCUGCGGCGGAUGUCGCCAUUCGGGAGGAGCGAGCGAAGCUACUUAAACUUCUUCGGUGUUCAUGUUGCGACAUCAACUUCAAACAGCAAGUCAUUGUCAAGUGUAUGCACACGUUCUGCAAGGAAUGUCUCGACAAGCGAAUUGAAACACGCCAGCGCAAGUGCCCUGCAUGCGCUUCGGUCUUUUCCAAGGAGGAUUGCAAGACGCUCUACUGGCAAUAGGCGGGUCUGGGCAGCCGGGCAGCCGGGUCGCAGGGUCGCCGUUUGCUCGCCAAUCUCGGAAGGACCCACGCAGGCCAAGAAUCGGAGUCGCGCGUCCGACACGGGGAGCACCGCAUUGUGUCUGUCCGCGGCGGUGUGUUUAUUAGUCGCCGUUGCCGCCGUUGCCACCGUUGCCACCGUUGUUGGCGAUGUGGGUUGCCGUGGUGUCCACGGUUGGGUAAUGAGAGGCGUAUUCGUGUAGAGGAGUAAGCCAGCAAAGCGGGACCACCUACCACCGUAUAUGUUUGUACUAGUAGCAUCCACACCGUCUGUUAUCAUGAACAGUAGUACCGUGUACUAUGUGCGAGAGCAUUCAAUGGAGGGAAAUGGAUAGUAGUGGAGU